CACAGACCGUAACUGCUGGGCACACUCAGAGGGAAAUUAAAAAGUCGGCGGCAGAUAACUGAAGUCAAAUCUGGCUGUGACAGCGUGGCACUCUGCUUGAAGAUGCAUUUCUUCUCUGCUGCCUCCUUCCUGCUGGUUCUGGCGCUGAGUUUUCCCGCUGAAGGAGGCAAAUGUCCCAAAGUGUGCAGCUGUGACAGCAACAAACUUACAGUCGCCUGCAUUGGCAAGAACUUAACGGAGAUUCCUCCGACAAUAGACGAGAUCACAGUAAAACUUGACUUGAGGAACAACAACCUGCAGGUGCUGUCCAGGGGGGCAUUCAUCCUCACGCCCUACCUCACACACCUCAACUUGCAGCGCUGCAACAUUAUCAAGGUGAAGGAAGGCGCUUUCAGGACCCUGGGUCGCCUGGUCUCCCUGAAUAUGGCCUACAACAAAAUUGACAUCCUUUACCAGGAGUCCUUCGACGGCCUCUCCUCCUUGAAGGAGCUGCACCUGGACCAUAACCGUGUGGAGGAGAUCCAGCCUGGAGCCUUCACGCAGCUGGGUUUCCUCAACAUGCUGGCCCUCACACACAACCAGCUAGUUUACAUCCCCAACAUGGCCUUCCAGGGCCUGAACAGUAUCAAGUGGCUGCGUCUCAGCCAUAACUCCCUCAACAACUUGGCCCCUGAAGCCUUCACUGGACUCUUCACCCUCAGCCGCCUCAGCCUGGACCACAACGAGCUGCAGUUCUUUCCCACUCAGACCAUGACCAGACUCCCUGAGGUCACGCGCCUGGACAUGAGCCACAACCCCAUGACCUACCUCGGGGAAGAAUCCGUCUCCAUGACGAAGCUUACGCACCUCUACCUCGACCACAUGUCCCUCCAGGACCUGUCGGAUCAGGCUUUGUCCCGUGCCCCCCUCCUCUCACACUUGGACCUCAGCCACAAUCAGCUUCGUUACCUGGAGCCCCUCUCAGGCCCCAAAGAGCUGACCAGCCUCAACCUGACCGGCAACCCAGUGUACUGUAACUGCUACAUGCGGCCCCUGAGGGAGUGGGCGACUGUCAGUGGUGUGAAGCUGCUGGGAGCCUGUGCCGGACCACCUCAUCUCUCAGAUGAGCCGCUGCAGGCUGUGGUUCCUUUGGACCUGCGCUGCCGCAGCAGGGGGGAGGCGCUGCAUGACGAGAUCGAGAAGGAGGAUGAGAGCACAGGAAGCGCCCCACCAACAGCCAAGCCCAAACAGAAAGUCAAGUGUCCAGUUAACUGCGACUGUGAUAUUGAAGCCCAGCACGCCACAUGUGAGGCUCAGGGUCACACCAAAGUCCCGCGAGGCUUCCCCACCAAGACGCAGCUGCUCGACCUCCGCAGUAACCACUUCCACUACCUCCCUACCAACAGCUUCCCAGGCACCAGCCAAGUUGUUUCUCUUCACCUGGAGUUCUGCAAAAUCCAUGAAAUCGAAGGCGGUGCCUUUCGGGGAAUGAAAAACCUGUUUUACUUAUAUCUCUCUGACAAUGACCUCACGUCCUUGGACCCUGGAGCUUUUACUGGAGCCACCGAGCUCACGUAUCUUCACCUGGAAGGGAACCGACUGGUGCAGUUCCCUGGAUCAGCUCUGUCAGUCUUACCAAAUCUGUUUGUGUUACACCUGGAGCGAAAUGCCAUCUCCAAACUCGAGCCCACUGGUCUGCUGUCCUCAGUAACGCCUAAACUCAGGGAACUUUAUCUGACCAAUAACACCAUAACGGCUGUUGCCAAGGGUGCUCUGGAUUCUGCUUUCCUGGGUACACUUCACCUGGAUUCCAAUCAGCUGACAGAGAUACCGACCCAAGCUCUGUCUGAGGCCUCUAACCUGGAGGAGCUCAGCCUGUCUCAGAAUACAAUUCGCUGGGUGGGACCAAACGCGUUCAAGCCAAUAUCCCAAAGUCUGAAGAGGCUUUACAUGGAUCACAUGGGCGUGGAGAAGAUGUCCAGGGAUGCUCUGGUGGGGUUGGGUCCAGGGCUGAGGGCUCUGACUCUGAGAGGAAACCAGCUGGAGGAGCUUCCUGACCUGAGCCCACUCACCGGUCUGGAGGUGAUCGACCUGCAGGACAACCCCCUGCUGUGUGACUGUGCUCUGCUGCCGCUACGCAGGUGGAUGGAGAAUGUAAGUUUGGAGGUGAUCGCCACAUGUGGUCACCCUCUUGAGCUCAGAGGUCAGAGGGUCAGGGACAUCCAGGUCUUCACGUCCUGCCUAGAAAGCAGCUCUCCUCCAGGUGAGAAGGUUGCCGUGGCCCCUGGCCCUCCAAAAGUGAAGAAAGCAAAAUCACCCAGCCUCUCCAAGGCCCCUGGAGUCAAAGCAAGGCCUGCAAAGCUCAAAACUAAACCACUGAAACCAACCAGGAAUAAACCUCAGAGGAAACCUGCAGCACCAAAAGUCACAAAGAAGAAGAAGACACUGUAA